GCCCGUAGGAGGGCGGCGGGCAGCGGGCAGGUGCGCGGCGGCGGCUGCGGCGUGAGACAGCGUUGUGGCCGCGUCUGCCCGCCGCCCGCCCGCUCGCCCACCCAACCGGCCGCUCCUUCUCCGCCGCGUCCUCCCGGCGGUCGGCAAGGCGAAGCCCCCCUCGCGGUGCCCGUCCGGCGGGCUCCGUGCCUGGCUCUCGCCUCCCCUCCGCGGCACGGCAGCCCCGCUCAGCCCGGCCACCAUGGCGCGCGGGAGGUUCCUCAGAAGACGAUGAGGUCAUUCAAGAAGGUCUCCUCAGGCUCAGCCCCCCGGCUGCCACAGCUCUCUCCCUCAGCACUUGAAAGGCCGAUGUCCCCGCAGGAAAUGAGUGAGCCGAUAACAUCUGACACCGCCGCCCGGUCCGGUGACCCCGACCUUAAUUCCACUAAUACUGGAGGCCUGAAAAUCGCAGGAAAGGCUUCUUGCACUCACACACACACACACACCGCGUUUAUUUUGCACCGUAAAUACAUCACAACAAAUAUAUUUGCGGUUACUGAUCCCUCGUUUUUAAUUUCUUAAUCGAAAAACAUCGCGUAAUUGAUUUUAUUUUAAAUGAAAGAUACUGACCAGGGACUUCUUGGGAACCAUUUGAUGGGCUUGAGAAGCGUUUGUGCCUGUUCAUCCCAUGCGCUCCCAUCCAAUGGAUCCUUAUUGCCACGUGUAUGGAGUGUGUUUUGAAGAAGGGACAGAGGGAGCUCCUGGUUUGGGGUAUUGCUCUGCCCUGGGAGUGCUCUCCGACACUUCCAGCCCAUGUUGUUAAGCGUUUUUCCCGCAGGUGACCUGAAUUUCUCCUCCACGGUUGGGGUUUCACGCGCAUUAACAUCUCCUGUAUUUAUUAUAUAUUAGAAAUCGUCACGGCCAUAAGAUCCAACCAUCUAAGAUUACCGAGAUUUAAUAUGGUAAAAUAAUCGCCGUCGCACGGAGGGAGGAGGCUACGAGCAGAGGGGAGGAAGCCGGCAGCCCAAGUAACCUCUGCGAAACGUCCGGCUGUGGAGGAAUUCAGGGCUGCAGCCCGCGGGCAGCUCUGCCGGCCCGGCCGGGGGCACCUGGGGGUGCGGGCGGCUGAUGGGAAAGGAGCGGAGCCCGACUGAUGGGUGGGCGGCGUGGAAAGGGAGCGUGACGUGGUGACACGCGGGUGGGCGGCGAGAGAAAGCGAAAUCGCUGCUCGUUACCUCCAUUUGUACCUUUGCUACGGAGGAGAUGAGAUGGGGAGCGGCGCGGUGCGCUCUCGGGGCGUUGAAGCGGCAGCGCACGGUGCGCCCACCUGCACGGGAGCUCGGGGCUGCGGCCGCCCGACGGCAGCGGGGAUGUAGCGCAGCAGCGCCGUGUGUGCCCUUUGUCUGCCUUCUCUCGUUUGUUUCUUGAGUUUUUUCUGUCUUUUUUUUCCUAAUUGUUGUGUUGUUUUUGUUGUGUGGUUGUUUUUUUUUCCGCCUUCCUCUCCAGCAAAUCCUUUGCCGUUCCCCCUUUUUCUCCCCCUCCCCACCGCGCUCCUAAGGAACAAUCGCCGCCGCCCGAGGUUCGCUCUCCCACCAGCCCUGAAAACCGGGCUCCUAUUUAGGAAGUCAUUAAUCACAUCCCCUCCCCCGGAAAGAGAUGGCGGAGAAACCUGUGAAGCCCGAUGCCUGCCCCCAUCCCCCUCGAGGAUCGCUCCGAAGGGCCGAACCCGGCGCUCCUCAGGUGCCGCCCGGCCCCGCAGCCCCCUGCCCGUGUCCUCCAUCCGUGUGUGCGCGUGUGGCACCGCGGGGUCCCGCUCGGCACCGCGCGGACGAACUGCCGAAAGAGGAAAAAAUACGCUAAAAAGAACGAGAGCAAAAAAAGCCGCGUUGGAAACGCCGUGUUCAUUCAUAAAUUAUUUCGGUGUGUCAGGCGCCUAGAGAAGGCGAUUGGCUGCCGCCGCUUCUCCCAACCCCUUCAGGACCCGAUGCGAAAUUAGUAGCGAGAAAGCAUGUAAUUGGCAAAGUCACGUGUGCGCGGGGGGCCAGAGACCGAGCGCCAGAGAAAGGGAAAAGGCAAAAGGGGGAAAGCACGUUGGACCAUGCGAGCGAAAUUGGGGCUCGUGCAGACGCAGGAUGUUGGGUUAAAGCAGAAGAGCACUUCGAUCCAAAGGGAAAGUUUUCAUCUCACGAGUUUGGAGCAGAGGGCCCGUGGGGCAACAUGGCCGAAGCAGGGGCGAGUAAAGGCGGCGAAGAGCCCGGGCGGCUGCCGGAGCACGAGGAGGAGGAGGAAUCCCCGCUUUGGCACGGAGCCGGCCACUGCAAAUGGUUCAAUGUGAGGAUGGGCUUCGGGUUCAUCUCCAUGAGCAGCCGAGAGGGAAGCCCCUUGGAGUCUCCGGUUGAUGUCUUUGUGCACCAAAGCAAACUUUACAUGGAAGGAUUUAGAAGCCUGAAAGAAGGAGAACCAGUGGAAUUUACUUAUAAGAAAUCUUCCAAAGGCCUUGAAUCAAUACGGGUAACAGGCCCUGGUGGGAGCCCCUGUUUAGGAAGUGAAAGACGACCCAAAGGGAAGACAGUACAAAAAAGAAAACCAAAGGGAGAUAGAUGCUACAACUGUGGUGGCCUUGAUCACCACGCUAAAGAAUGUAGUCUACCUCCACAGCCAAAGAAGUGCCAUUACUGUCAGAGCAUCAUGCACAUGGUGGCUAACUGCCCCCAUAAAACUGUUCCGCAACAGCCCACUAGUUCUCAGGGAAGACAUGAAGCUGAACCUCAGCCUUCCACUUCUGCUUUCCUGAGAGAAGGGGGAGGAACCUAUGGCUAUUCGUCUCCAUCGUAUUCUCAGGAGGGGAGGUCGGAGAUCUCAGAGCGUUCAGGCAGGUCGCCACAAGAAGCUUCUUCAAGUAAGUUAUCGGCAUCACCCGAAGAACCAAGCAGAAAGGGGCCUUCUGUUCAGAAAAGGAAAAAGACUUAAAGCAUUUUCCAUAACUUUCCAUUUUCUUUAUCCUCUUGGGAUGUCUACCUCAUGCAAGUACAGGGGAAAUAAUUUCAUUAUCAGUAGCUGAUGUGGAAUUUUAACUACUGUGGAGGAACUGUGAUUACUAUUUUUUUUUUCUUUAAUAGACAAAUCACUCCAAGCAAAAUCCAUUUGAGCAGGGUGCAUUGCAUUUUACCUUCUGUAUGUGUGUGUGAGUGUGCACGUGUGUGUAUGUAUAUGUAUCUAUGAGUAUGGUUUUUUUUCAUCAGGACACUCUUCAGCUCCCACAAUACGUUACUGUGAAGCAAUAGACACAGUACCCGUAAAUGUUCCUGAACUCAUUCCCAGAAUCUGUUUUCAAUCACGUUCAAAAAACAAAUAAGAAAACCCAGGAAACCUCCCAAAACGAAACAAACCAAUUCUGAAAAACCACUCUCAGAACUAAGACAAAGACUGUUACUUUCUUGUGAACCAAAGGAUAUGUUCAUAUUUUGUAGCUGCCAUAUGGUACUAAAGAUACUAAGACAUCCCCCCAACCACCAAUUUCAGUUACUUUCUUUGUAAUCUCCACAAAACAUUAUUUUCUCCCUUCCCACCCCUCCACCGCCAUGCCUCACAAGGGCAGUGGCACAACUUAACAUGGCUCUCGUUGCCACCAUCCUUUGUUCGUAAGGAGUUUAAAGCUCCAGAAAAGACAAUGAAUGUGUAGUUUCUGUGCUGGUUUCUCAAAAUGUUUUGUUAAAGUAAUAUGAGUGUAACUGUAAUUUAGAUGACUGUUGUGUAGGGGAGACUGUGUAAGUUGUUAAAGAACAAACUUCUUUGAGUGGUAUCGGGAUACCGUUCUGUUGAACCUUUUGUAUUCUGUGAACAUUUAGGGGACCUUCGUGGCAGUAGUAGCAGCAGCAGCAGCAGCAGCAACUUCUCUUGGUCCCAAGUAGCGCCCCACAAUUUGAAGGGACUUCCCCCUUAUUUACUGUUGGGAGAAUUGUGUAGGGAUUGUUGUUGUUGUUGUUUGUCUUGUUUUUAAAGAAAACGAAAUGCAAAACUACUAAGAUCCUGGGAUAAAUAGUUUCUUAAGAUGAAAGGUAGUUGGGUACUCAUAGUUGCUCAGCCAGCCUCUCUUGCUGAUGAUACGGCAUGUGUACGUUAAAGAAGGACAGGUGCCUGCUGCGUAUAAGCCUUAAUGAAAAGGCACCUGCAGACUUGCCAGAAGCCACGGACAUCACCUGCUUCUUGUGAACGGGAGACUGCUGCUGACCAGCCAUGGUCUGGUGUGUGCUGGGACCACACACUUCUGUGUUACAGAGGAGGAAGAUUGGUGGUCUCAGAGUGAGACUCCCUGGGCUGCAGCCCUUGCUGGGGGUUAAUAGAGUUGGAGCCUGUCAAAACUUCAAGUCACUUUCCAUUUGUAACUUCUACAUUACCAAGUCAUACGUACGAUAACAUACUUUGACAAAUCCCUUUGCAGAUGUGAGUUAAUUAGAGAAACGUAUGUAAUCCUUAGCAUCGGCAAUAAACACAGGCUGUUAAAGCUUGAAAGAGUCAGGUAGGUUUAAGCUAAGAUAAUCAAACUGAAGAAACAGCCCGCACGGGAGGCUGCAGUGAGCCCAAGUCCCAGCUGUGGUAACUCGUGCAGCCGAUGGUUACGGCAGGCUCACUGUGCGACCCUUCCCUUCCCACUUGUCCUGCUGGAUGAGACUUGUACUGUUGCUGCUGCUGCUGCUUCAGUAAACAGGCAGUAAGCAAAAGCCUCAGCAAAGGGCACAAUUAUUGUGUGUGAAUUCCUUGCCAGUGUUUGCGAGAAUCUCAAUGGUUUGUACUGAAGUUCUCAGUGUGCUAAUGCAAAGCUUACCUUUGACGAUAUUGAAUGUGAUGUAUCUAUAGAGAACUUCCUUGCCUUACGUGAGGAUAGUAAACCUAUUUAAAUUAUGUAGACAAAUCAAAGUGACGUUGCUUAACCUUCUAGCCGGUGUGAAAACCCAGGUUAAACAGCAAAGAUGCAAAACUUAGGUCACUUUGAACGUUUAAACCAAAGUUCCUUAUAGAAAUAGGCAAUUGUGGAUUUGAGAACUGGUCAUUCCCUGUUUAUAUGUAAGAAGUUCAGAGCUGAGAUGAGGAAAUAUUUUCAGUGCGCAGAUUUUUAUCGGUGCUGUUUGAAAUCACUGUGUGCACCAAAGUCAGACUGAACUGCAAAGAGCACAUACCAAACCCUAUCUUAUUGUUGAAAGCUUAAGGUUUUAUUUUUAUAUAUUAGAAUGUUAUCACUAUUACAUAACAUACUCAGGACAAAGAACUUUGCUCAGGGAAUAUACCAUGUAAUGUUGUUUUUACUUUACAGAAUAGUCUACCGACUUGCUCAGAACAAACCAAAUAGACUUAGCCCUUUUUAUCUCUCUAUAAGUAUUAUGUACUGAUGUUAGUAACUACCUCUGAGUUGACAUAGACCUACAUUUCUGAUAAUCAAUCAGAUUUCAGCGUUUUGUAUUAUAAGUUCCUGUGAAAUGAAAAAGUGGCGUUCUGUAUUGGUCGCUUAUGUGAGCAUACGUGUCUUUACAUUCACAGGGUCUCAGCUUUCAGAGAAGCUGGGCAGCCACAGCUCCCACUGACUUCCAGUUGGAGUUAUGGCUCUUGGCUUGUCUAGCAGGGGAGGGGUGGGGGGUGGAGGGGUAAAAAAAGAAGAAAACCCACAAAAACAUCAAGCCCACUUUGUUUACAUAGGUGACAAUAAAAUGAUGAUUCUGUUUACAGCAAAAGGCUACCUCAUAUUUACUGCAUAAACACACCUUUGUGCUGCUCUGGCCUUAAAGGUGGCUGUUGAUCUAUGGUACAUGCUUUUUAAUCUGUACUGAAUAUGUAACUGAUGUUCCACCACUAUAACAUUAUGGCAAAUACCUGUUUAAGAUGAAGCGACCGUUUGAAAUGAUGAGAAGUUUCCAGCCAUUUCUUUGGAAGUUUUUGUUUUUCUGUCUAAAGGAUGAUGGGCACUGUUCACAAAAAAGAGAAUAUAUCGUCUCCCAAGCAGGCAAAAGUAAACAAGCCUGAGUUAAACAUAGCAGUGCAAGCUAUGGCAGGUAACUACUUACUUAGCACUGGGCUGCUGUAGGAAUAAAAUAAAUAAAAUUUAAUUACACUCCUUCAAUAGGCUGCUCCAAAUAAGCAAAAAACACUUCACGGGAACAGGCAAGGACUUGAAUUUAGGAUUCUUCCUUCAAAUCUAAGGAUGUAAUUAAUAUUCUACAGCAUUGGCUCAGCCUUGAUUUUUCCCCUAUUCACCAGCCUGUCCUUGCAGAAUGCCUCACAAUAAAACUCAUUUCAGUCGAAGGAGUUCAGGUACCAGCUCAGAGAGAUGUAUAUUUCUUCAGACAAUAUUGGAGAUGAGGUUAAAACCGAAAUGAAAUCUCUCCCUUCCAUCGCCCUCACUCCAGAAUACUCAAUUGGAUUUAACCAUAAGGGGCAUUGUGAGAUACUUUACCUUCUCCCCUGAGGAGAGUUAAUGGAAUCUAUUUUACAAACUACAGAAAUUAAGCCAUGAAGAACAUUUUGGAGGGAGAGCCAAAAAACUUUCUGCUGUAGCUGAUGGUAAAUCUGGCAUUCUGGUACCAUCUGCAGUAUUUUGCUUUUAGGUAGCUCGCAGGGAGUGCCAAAGAACACAGCUGACUCCUACUUUUUUCCCUUUGUAGGCCACCUUUUUCAGCCCAGCUUUAUUCCGCACCAGUGUUAUCCUGGAGUUCCUGCUUAGUCAUACCUAGUUUUGUGAAUAGAGCCCCAUAAAAAGUGUUUAUAGAUCUUGUAACAUUCUUUGUAAGAAGAAUUAUAAAAGAAUGUGGGAAAUCUCAUUGAGUCUUAAAUUUAAUUUAAUUAAUUUAUCUGUAAGAAAUGUUUAUCAUAAAAAUAUAUAUGUAUUCCCCUGUGCUAGAUAUAAAAGUAAUUGGGAAGAUGUGUACAUGUGCAGGUGCACUGAUUUUAAUUUUCUAGAAGUCUUAAUGAGAUUUGAGUAUUGUUUUAGAAACAAGCAGAGCCUCGUUAAAUGCGUCAAUCUGAUUUUGCUUAGUUUAUCAACAGCCUCUUCUUUAGGAUACGUUGGUUGUGUUAUCCCGUUACAACCGUUGACUAAUAGCAAGAGGUUGAUUUAUGAACACACCCUUCUUUCUAAUGCUACAACAGAGCUGUAAGUUGACAGCUUUGAUAGUGUUUUUAUAAGAAUGUUGAAGAGCACCAAGGUAUUUGCUACCAUUGUCAUUGAACCAAAUGGAAGAGCAACCAGCUUUACACAUAGGAUAAUGGUUUUGACUACCUCUUGGAUUACUAAGUUAAGCAACAACUGGCUGACAACCAUCACCAGACUGGCUUAAACUAGUAUGUGUUGCUUGUGGUAAUAAUAACAAUAACCAUACUAGAGACCAAAGUGAACACUGAUUUCUAUAUGUCUUUAAUACUGUGUCUUAUCUAGUGUUUUUAAAUUAUCUUCUGUAGUAUAGAUUACCUCAUUGUCCAUUUUGACUUGUAUGUUGUUUACAAGGUGAAAUAAAGGAGACAAAAAAAUCA